AUGCAAAUCGUUAGUUCUCCCUCACGCGACGAAAUCGAUAAGGCGCACAUGUUCUUCUACUCCGUGGAUGUUGGGAUACCAUCUACGAGGAAUUUUCGAUUCAUAUCCUUGUUCAAAAAGUCGUGUUGGAUUAUUUUACUGUUAUCAUCCCUUCCCAUACACCUCUUCUUUAAUAGUACCAUUUUUGAAACAACAUAUCUGGGUUCGGAUUGGCAAGCAACUGUGGCCACCGAGGCUUUUACGCGAGGUGCAGGCUAUUCCGCUCCAGGAGCGAGCCUGGCCUUUAAUAAACCACCAGAGUACUGGAGUCCUACUACAGCGUAUCUCAACAUCUCUGGUAUACCAAUGCUCUCAAAGGAUACCAAGAAGGCAGCAGCAACUGGGGGCAACUGGACUGUUAUGGAUCCUUCUACUUGUUUUGCUGAAUAUACGAGUUGCCAGCCUAGAAAUCGGUACCGGGACGUAGUGGUAGUGAUCGACAGUGGUACUAAUAACAAAGAGGGUUGGGUCCGAGAAGAGGUCUUCAACUUGACUGAAGAUCUAUCUCUAUGGUGGAACACAUACAUCUCUCGGAAUGAAACUAAUUCUUUAUGGUACUCUACCGAUUGCCAAACAAGUCGAGUUCACGAUACGGUAGAAAAUGAUUGCGAUCAUACCUGCUGGGAUCCAUUAUUUCCUACCGGGCCUAACUCGUAUGGUAUACAUGAAACCUCCCCAUCUAAUUGGACAUUUUUCUGGAAUUUUUCCCCUCACAGAAGAGAGUACGACUACGGCUUCAACGGGAAUUUUAGUCAGAUGGCCGUUAAAUAUUGCCUUGCUGAACCCCAAUCUAGGGUUUGUAAGGUUGGUAUAUCUAACGUAUUGCUACUGCUUGUUAUUGUCUGCACGAUCAUCAAAGUUAUACAAUGUAGCAUCAUCGUCUGGAAAUUGCCACGGCAGUCGCUUGUUACUCCAGGAGAUGCCAUAGCAUCUUUUAUUACGGAACCUGACCCCUACACCGUAGGACUUGGGACACUAGAUGUUGUUGAUAGCUGCCGACUCGAAUCAGCACAUCGUCAACUCCCCUCUCACUACAACGAAUAUACCUUGGAUGCAACAAUAAAGCCUCGACGGUGGCCGAAAAUAAGGCGACGUUAUCUAUUGAUCAUACCACGGGGCGUGCGGCUCCGUACAUAUGUCUUCUUAGCAAUGUCAAUAGUGCUACUUGCCGUAUGCUCAGGAUUUUCUUACCGAUCCAACGGCAAUACUUUCGGGGGUUCCUUUGGUCAUUCAGACGAACUUCGAGCAAUCCAUAGUAUGGAUGGUGCCGGCUAUCUAACUACACUUCUCGUUUCCAAUUCCCCCCAGCUUCUAUUAUCGGCUUGUUAUUUCUCUUAUAACGCAUUCCUUACCCGGAUUCUAGUCGAACAGGAAUGGAAUUCAUAUAGUCUGAAGUACAACCCCCUUCGGGUCACUUAUCCCGAGGGCGACCAGAUCUCAAGCUACAGAUUACAGCUACCAUACAAAUAUAGCAUACCACUCAUAAUCAUAAUGAUAAUAUGUCAUUGGCUUCUGUCCAAUGCAUUAUUUUUCUUCGGCAUCGAAGGAGGGUUUUGGGGCAUAAGUGUUAAUGCUAGCUAUACUCAAGCGUAUUUCCAUCUCUCUGAAAAUUCCUUGGUCUCUUUGGGAUAUUCAGCCGCGGCCCUACUCGCAUUACUCGUUGUUAGCUGUACCAUCGUACCCUUACCACUGCUCUUAAGCCUACGCAAACCUAAAGGGAAGAUGGUAGCAGGAGGCUGGGACUCGUUGGUCAUAUCAGCGGCUUGCCACUGCUUCGUCUCUUCCUCGACUGAGGUUGAAAGUCAACCACAUUCGCCCCCGGGUGAAGUGGCCGAGGGCGCCCAAUAUCCGGAAGAUAGCAGUUCGAUGCUAGUAACGGAUGAUUCCGGUGAACCGGAAGAGGAAGCGUUAAAGAAACUGUCCCGGUCAAAACUCAAAUGGGGUGCUACGCCCUUACCAAGGGACCUUGCCGAGGUUAUGAGCGAGGAGAGCGGAAACCCGGUAAUGCACCUUGGAUUUGGAGGAGAAUCAUCUCAUGUCAGAUGUGUCGAAGAGGGAGAAUCCUAUAUUUGA